AUAAGCAAGCAAAUAAAAUAAAAGUCAUUGAUAAACCUAAAAGCCCUAAAUAAAAAGUAGAUUUCAUACAGAAGAAGAAGAAGAAGAUUACAGAGUCAGACCACACACUCUUCUCUCUCUUUCCUUCGCAACUCCAACUCAUCCUUCCAACCAAGUUUCAAUCCAACAAAUGGAAGGAGUUGAAAGCAUAUUAGAUACCUUACACGAAGAAGAUGAUAUCUUUGAAGAUGAUGUUGAAAUGGUUGAUGUGGAAGAAGGAGAACUUGUUGAACAAAAUUCACACAAUCAUUUGGAUCAAAGUCAAACCAAUGAAACCAACCAAGAUUCUCAGAGUAAAACGCGCAGGCGAAGGGCUAACAAGAAGAAGAAUAAGCGAAAGAGGGCAGGUGGAGCUCCUAAUGUCACAGAUAUAAACAGAUUUGUGUUAGAUACAUGUAGGCGUUUGAAAGAGAAGAAAUCGUACAUGGUUUAUACGGCAGUUGGAUGUCUUGGGGUCUCCGCAUUAUGCGAUCUCAUCAAAGAGGUGGAAGCAGUCCAGGCUUGUGGAGGUCAGAUGACUUCUGAUGGCAGACGAUAUCGAACAGGUGGUGGCAUAUUAUGGAGCAUCCUUAAAACGCGAGAACCAAAAGCCUACAAAGAGAUAAUGAACAAAGCGAAAGAGUUUGAGAAGCAAUUCAAGCAACCAAAACCAAAUAUAAGACAAGAAACAGAGGAAGGGAAAGGUAGCUCGUCUCAAAGCAUUCCCGAUGUCUCCUUGAACAAGACAACAUCCGAAAUAAAUAUUUCGGAUGGUUCGCCAGUCAUGGUGGAAGUGAAGAAUCGAAGUGAGCCCGCAAAUGAUGAGAAGAAAACAGUGUCUGUCCAUGAGAGGUUAAGGAUGCCGGUUUCUUAUGAUGAUGAUCUACUUGGUGGCGACCUUAAAAAUGAUUCAACUUGAUUCCUGGUAUAUUUUAUUUGUCUUUCAAAAUGCCCUAUGGCGUCGGUUUCGAUUAAGAUGGGGGUUCAGAAUAGAGAGAAUUGAUUCCUUAUUGGUUUUUCUGGAGGGAACAAUUAGAAUACAGAGUUCUCUGAGUAAAAAAUUAACUGUUGUUGAGUGAGAAAGGUGUUACUAAAGUUUUGAUGUAUUUUUUUUUUCCAUACAUUCAUGAAUAUUAAAUCAUUGUGUGGUUGAGCAGAACAGUACCAUUGCUAAUGAUAGAGAAUAUUUAAGAAGUAGA